UGGCCAACAAAACAAUAACGACAAAAGCGUCCUCCAAGCAUUGUCGACAAACGUAGCCAUGGAGUCUCUCCUCUUCAAAACAACACAAUCCCUUUUAAUUAAAACUGUUUUUUUUUUUUUUGUUUUUUUUUUUUUUGAGAGUUUAAAGAGUUUACUUUGUGGUGGGAGAAAACAGAGGAAUAAAUAAGCCAUAGACGGGUUUUGAUGAACAGUGGAGAUUGAGGAAACAAUCUUUGCCAUUUCCACGGGGCUUCUUCUGGGUUCUUAACUAAUUGCAAAACCCAUUUUCAAAAAAGUACUUUCUUGUUUGUUACAUGGCACCAAUGUUUCAAGAUGAAGGAUCAUCAUCUGUGACUUCAUCGCCUCUCCAAUUCUUUUCCAUGACGUCACUUUCACCAAGCUUAGGAUCACCAUAUCCAUGGCUCAAGGAGCUGAAAUCCGAGGAGCGGGGUUUGUACUUGAUCCACUUGUUGCUCACUUGUGCAAACCAUGUGGCUUCUGGCAGUCUUGAGAAUGCAAAUCUUGCCCUUGAGCAGAUUUCCCAGCUCGCCUCACCUGACGGGGAUACGAUGCAGCGGAUUGCCGCAUACUUCACUGAGGCUCUUGCAGAUCGCAUCCUCAAAAACUGGCCUGGUCUUCACAAGGCCCUCAAUUCGACGAGAAUAUCUUUGGUUUCCGAGGAAAUUCUUGUUCGGAAAGUGUUUUUUGAGCUCUUUCCAUUUCUGAAGGUCGCUUUUGUGCUGACGAACCAAGCUAUUACGGAGGCCAUUGAAGGUGAAAAGAUGGUUCAUAUAAUUGAUCUUCAUUCGACCGAACCUGCUCAGUGGGUUGCACUUCUUCAAGUUUUGAAUGCAAGGCCUGAAGGCCCACCGCAUUUGAGAAUUACCGCGGUUCAUCAGCAGAAUGAGGUGCUAGAUCAUAUGGCUCAUAGGCUGAUUGAGGAAGCAGAGAAGUUGGAUAUCCCAUUUCAGUUUAACCCCAUUGUCAGCAAAUUAGAAAAUCUUGACAUGGAAAAACUUCGUGUCAAGACCGGGGAGGCUCUAGUCGUCAGCUCUGUUCUCCAGUUGCACACUCUUUUGGCUUUUGAUGAUGAACUCCUCAGAAAGAGAUCCCUGCUGGCAUCAAAGAAUUUGAAUGGAACUCAUUUUUCCAGAGUUCUGCAAAUGAACCAAAGCACAUUGGCGGAGUUACUUGAGAAAGAUUUGGUUAAUGGGUAUAGCCCUAGUCCCGACUCAGCCUCAUCGUCACCAUUGUCUCCAACGACAUCAGUGAAGAUGGAUAACUUUCUCAAUGGCUUGUGGGGUCUAUCGCCGAAGCUGAUGGUAAUAACCGAACAAGAUUCCAACCAUAAUGGAUCCACUUUAAUGGAGAGGCUACUUGAAGCUCUGUACUCGUAUGCAGCGUUGUUUGAUUGCUUGGAAUCUACCGUAUCGAGAACGCCAUUGGAGAGACUAAAGGUUGAGAAGAUGCUCUUUGGGGAGGAAAUAAAGAACAUCAUAGCUUGUGAAGGCGCAGAGAGGAAGGAAAGACAUGAGAAGCUCGAUAAGUGGAUUCAAAGGCUCGAUUCAGCCGGGUUCUCUAACUUACCACUUAGCUAUUUUGGUAUGCUGCAGGCAAGGAGGCUGUUACAGGGUUACGGUUGCGACGGGUACAAGAUCAGGGAAGAGAACGGAAAUGUUCUGAUUUGCUGGCAAGAUCGGCCACUAUAUUCGGUAUCAGCUUGGGGGUGUAGGAAGUAAAAGAUUGGUAUACUGAUUCGUUUGACCUUUUUCCAUUUAUUUUCUUUUUAUUGAAGUGUUUUCUUCGUGGUAUGUGAAUACCAAUAGAAGUGACUUGAACACCAUUUUCCUAAUCAGCAGAGAGAAGUUCUACAUUGCAAUUUUUUCUUUUUUUUUUUUUUUUUUUUGGUUUUCUUUUUUGUCAGUUUAUAUGUGAUUCAACCAAUACUGACCACCCUUAGUGUGUGUAUGUACAUAUUAAUGCUUUAAAGGUUUUUGUGUUUUGAACA